AUGGAGCAACAAACAGUGUUAGGACAGCUUGAGGCGAUAUUAUUGAUAUACAAAUUGGCGAGAGCAGGUCAUUAUCUGGAUGCUUUGAGGGAGGUUGCCAAACUUCCAUUUCUUCCAUUGGAUCCACUAACACCAGAUGUUACGACAGAUGUCUUGCAGAACUUAUCUCCAUAUGUCCAAGCUUGUGUUCCUGACCUCCUAAAGGUUGCUCGUAGUUGUAUGGAUAAUGUGCCUGAUUCCGAUAGAUCACUCCUUGCUCCAAGAGCCAAGCUCGAUAAGCUUAGUGACACACAAUGCCAGCCGGGGUCACAGUUGAAGUUCAUCAUAGAGGCCUGGCAACAGCCAUGGGUGCAACCAGCAUCACACGAGCUCACAUGCCCGAUUGCUCCAGCUCACAGGUUCAAGGUCUUGAUUGUUGGGUUGAAUUCCCCGAUCCCAAAGCUCCUGCCUCAGUUCAUAAAGAGCAUGGAGCUCGUGCAAGGCGACAGAGGAGCCGGAAGCAUCGAGCAAGUUAAUAUCGCCAAAGGUACUCAUUUCAAGAAUGUGAAGCACCGGAUCGAUGAGCUUGACAAGGAGAACUUCAUGUGUAGCUACUCGAUCAUCGAGGGCGACGCGCUGGGCACCACCUUCGAGAAGAUCACCACAUCGCCUGAGGGAGGCUCGGUGUGCAAGAACACGAGCAAGUACUUCACCAUCGGCAAGGUGGACAUCACUGAGGAGAAGAUCAAGGCCGGGAAAGAGAAGGUCUCCGAGAUGUUCAAGGCCAUCGAGGCUUAUCUCUUGGCAAACCCUGAUGCCUAUUGAGUAGAUCUCAUAGCUAUCUUGGAUUGUUCCCUGUACUGUGUGAAAUAUGUCUGGUUGUGCUAAAUUCACAAGGAGAGAAGAAGAGUUUGGGUCACUCUGUGUUUGGAGUAAAGCUUGUGGGGCUGGGUGAGCGUAGCUGAUCUUGUCUUUGCUGAGAAUAAGAGAAUGAAAGGUGUGGCAGGAAUCUGGUGAAGUGGUUUUUGUGGAAUUUUGUAAAUUGUGCUACAUAAAUAGCGUAUCAAGGGAAUAAAAGUCGAAUAAGCUUGAUA